GGUCGGGCGCCGGUGGGGACAUAGUGUUUAGCGUCGGCGUGCGGGCCGUCAUUCAGUGCCAGUCCGCGCUCGAGAGCAAGCAGGAGGUGUCCGAAGUCAGCUGGCAUCUCAACUCCACCGUCAUCGCGAGAUGGGCGAAGAUCGGCAAGGUGAUCCACGGCCCGCGGCACGGUAUCGACGACAAACAUCGGCUGGAGAUAAAGGGGGUGAGCUGGGACGACGUCGGCAUGUACGCGUGCGGCACCAACAACCAGGCGCCCGGUCCCGCGCAGAGACUCAUCGUGCAAGACGUGCCGUCCGCCGCCGGGCGUGCCGGUCAGGGUGGCCGUGACGUCUGCGGACCGUCGACUCGCGUUGGUCACCGAGCGCGAGAACCACGGCUCGCCCAUCACGCACUACGCUUGUUCGUUAUCGAAGUUGUGAGCGCCAUCUGGUGCUCGUCGCCGAGUGGUUGCGGCGCCCCUCUGGUGCUCAUCUCCCAAGUUGUGAGGCGCCCUCUGGUGCUCAUCGUCGAGUUGCGCCGACCGCUUGGGCCGCAUCUGGAACCGGUCGACGGAGGUGACGGUGGCGCCGUCUGCGAGCCCGCGCUGCCGCGUCGGGCGUCUGCGUCCGAGCACGUCCUACGCGUUCCAGGUGUUUGCGGUGAACUUGCGGCCGUCGGUCGCAGCCUGCCGAGCCUGCCAUCCGCGCUCGUGCUCACUCAGCGCGAAAGUCCUAGAGGAGUCGUGCGAGACAUCGGCGUCGACAACGUCACGCAGACGUCCGUCAACGUCAGUUGGGUGGCGCCCCCUGCCGACGAGGUUCACGGCGAGCUCGUCGGAUACAGAAUCUCUUACCAGAAAAAAAACGAUCAGAUACUCCUGGAAAAAUACGUCCACCAUCCGAUGCGGAGCGUGGUCCUGCGGGAGUUGGUGGGAAACUUCACGCCCUACGUGCUCACAGUGCAGGUGGACAAUGGCGGAAACACGUACGGACCCCCCGUGCAGGUCUCCUUCAACACGUGGGAGGGAGCUUCCGUCAGCACAGUCGGCGACCUCGCGAGUGCUGGAGCAGAACGGACACGUCAGAUCAUCGUGUGCGCUGCUACAACAGCGCAAGCGCCGGCCCGCCCGCCGGCACACGUCGCUUCAGCUACAAAGGCGUCAAUGUGCCAAACGAUCGCUCAACAACAAGGCAAGAACCUGAUCGAUCAUCGUACCGCCGGACAACUACGCAGCUGCAACGAUGAGAGAAGCUGCGGUAACUACUCGCUCAACAACAAGGAGAACCUGUCGAUCAUCGUCCGCGGCAACUACCGCAGCUGCACGAUGGAGAAGCUGCGAGCGCACACGACAUACCUGGUGCGCGUCGUGGCGUCGACCAGCAAAGGUCAGGGAGAGGUCAGCGACGUGCUCACCGCCGUGACCGACGUCAAAGGUCCCGGAGCGCCGAGCAAUGUGAGCGCCAACUCGCUGUCUCCACACAGCGUCGCCGUUGCGUGGCGCGCGCCCACCCGCAUCUACGGCACCAUCGACUUCUACUACGUGCAAGUAUGGCGGCUCCCCGACGCCACACCCACCGCCGCCGCCGCCGAGAGCUCCGGGGAUGCUGCGGAGGAUGAGGAGGAUGAGGAGGCUGAAGAAGAUGAGGGGAAGGAGCGCGCGGCGAUGAGGGUCGAAGAGCCGAAGAAGCUCGUGCGGACGGUCGAGGUCGCUGUGGUUACGAGCGACGGCGGCCCCGCGCAGAAACAAGAGCUGGUCGUCGGGGAGCUGGCCGCGUCGUCGCGCUACGAGGCGAGGGUUGCCGGCGUCGCCCGCAGCAUGUACCGCGAGCAGCAGCAGUACCGCGGCGACUACUCACCCGCCGCACGCUUCACGACGCCCGAGGCACUGCCACUGGAUGAGGAUGGAGCAGGCAUGAACGUGGGUGUCGUCGUCGGCGUGGUGUGUACCGUCGUGCUGCUGCUGGUCGCACUCGUUAUCUACGCAUUCAUCACGAUUUCUGGUACACAGCGCGGCCGGUCGGUCAUGAGCCUACCUGUCCGCGUGUUUAGCAAGACCAAGCUGCGAGCGAGACUGACGUCAACGGACGCGCAAGUGGGCCGCGCGCCGACGGUCGUCGUCGUCAUCGUCAUCGUCGUCUGCGGUAAAUUGUCACGCGACGUAGGAGGUUGUGUCGCCGUGUCACCGAACUGCGUAGAUGGCGACGCUGUUAUUAUAUGCGCAAUUGUCAACGCAAUGAGAGAAGUUGUCGCCGAGGUGUAG